ACACUGGCGAGAUUGUGUCAAUUGGUGGCGCAAUUCUACCACUUUUUGCAGUUUUCUUCUUAUUUUUUUUCCCAGCAACUUCAUUGGUGGCGCCAUUUAUGAGACCACAAAUUUUGGGUGAAACUUUUCGUUCAUUUUUACCGUCUGCUAAUUUUCCACCGCAAAGACACACACAUCGGCCAGCAGGUUGCUGCUUUUGCUGCAAAAUGACGAGAAUUCUGGUGUCUCCUGUCACUUGAGAACACUCAUAAAAAAAUGGAAGAAGACCAAACUCCAGAACACAACACAUCAUUGCCUUCAUUGUCACCAAAUCUCACCGUCAUCCCAUCUUGCCGAACACAACCAACAGUUCACCCAGUCUCAGAUGCACCUCUUUGUGCCCAAUGCAGAGACCUUCAACUUGCCUUCUUUGACCCCCAGUGCCCUGGAUGUUGGUCCCUAGCACAGGAUACUAAGAGGAGUGUUGGAGAACUCUUUGCUAUCGUCAGACAAUGGGUGCCCCAAGUGCAGAGGAGUUUAUGUGCAAUUAGUCAGGAGAUAUUUAAGCGUGACUUCCAUGUGGAUGAUCGUGACGGCUUAACGGAUAUGACGCUCCUUCACUAUGCCUCGAAAGCAGGAUCUGAAGGUAUUAGUGACAGAUUGGGGACCCUCCAGCUCAUACAAACACUUCUAGAUAACGGAGCCACGCCAGAGUUACAAUGUCGCUGGACGCACAUGACAGCUUUACACUACGCAGCAUUUUUCGAUGUGGUUCCAGCGAUCCGACUUCUUUUGAAGGCGACAGAGGUUAAAGAUAUAGAGAAUAAAUGCAGUGAGUUUGACAAUGGCACGGCACUCCAUAUAGCUGCAUCCAAUGGUUGCCUUGAGUCAGUUAGAUGUCUCCUACAGCUCGGAGCUAACUGUCGAGCCAAGGAUGACCAAGGUCGUAUUCCACUCCUCUGCGUUCCUGACUCAAACGAUUUCAUGAAGUCUGGUUGGGAAGUAACCGCUGGUAAACUAAGGCAACUGCUUCAUCCAGACUCGACGUUUGAGAGACCAAAGUAUGCACCGCAGACUUACGAUGAUGUGCCGAGUAAAGUUCUGCUGUCCUCGCAGGGUCUCAGAAUAGGAGAUCGAGUGUAUGUAGGUGACAGUAAGAUUGGUACGCUACAGUUCUGUGGGACGACACAUUUUGCUUCAGGAUUAUGGGCUGGAGUUGCUCUUGACGAACCAGACGGGAAGAAUAAUGGCUCAGUUGCAGGAAUCUCCUACUUUGAAUGUCCUUCAAAUCACGGUAUCUUCGCACCUCUGUCUAAAAUCAGCAAGGACGGUAGCCCUCGACCUGGUACCCCUAAGGCUGAUUCAGGAGUCCCUCUUGCUGUCAUUCACCGCAAGAUUGAUGUCUCACAUGUUUCCCCGCGUGUUGAUACUGGUCUUCGUACAAGGCUGUUUUCCUCAAUCAACAGAAUGGACGAUAUUGAAAUAGGAGAUAGGGUUACAGUAGCUGGUCAGGAACCUAGACACGGCACUGUAAGAUACAGUGGACACACUCAAUUCGCUUCAGGAUGGUGGUUUGGUAUUGAGUUGGAUAAGCCACACGGUAAGAAUGAUGGCUCAGUGGCAGGUGUUCGCUACUUUACCUGCAGUUUACUUCAUGGAGUCUUCGCUCAUCCUUCCAAGAUAACAAGAUGCAAUCUAUCUCUAAGGGAUUCUUGUGAAAGUUCGGUGUCUUGUGAAGGCCUUGAGAAAAAGGCUGCCAUCGAGAAAUAAAUAAAACUUGCAAGUUAUUCAACUCUCACCAAAAGUAUUCGUAUGUUUACUACUUGUAGAUUUUAUUAUUUAUUUUUAGAAACAAACUGAAAUGUAAAUUAUCUUGACACAUAAUAUGCAACUCAAAAAGAAUAUAAUCAUGAUUAAGAAUAAAUAUUUAUUAAACUGAGCGCAUGCAAUAGAUUAAUAUCUGCACGAAUAG